AAUUAACCAAAUGUAUAACAAUUGCAAGUUCUGCGGACACCGAGCUGAAAUGGCUACCCAACACAUUUUCAGUGUCACAAUACCAUCUCCGACGACAUGGCGGCGACCAUUCUUUCUCUCCUCCGCCGUCAACCUGCUACCCAUUUGCUUCACUUCCUCCCUUCCCAUCCUCGUCCCACGCCGCCGCCAAUCCUCUGCAACUUCCUAUGUUGUUACAGCAGAUGCCGUCCCUACAAUUCUCGUCGAUUCCAGCUCCGACGACCACCACCACCGCCUCAGAGAUUUGGUCCACACCCUGGAAAGCGACGGCGCUUCCCCAAUUGAGAUUCUCACUCACCACGGCGAUUGGCCGGCGCCGCAUUUCUGGGCCGUCGUAAAAUUCCUUCAACUCUCUUCCCAGUCCCACCUCAUUCUUCAGGUAUUCGAGGCAUGGAAGGCUCUGGAUGAAUCACGAAUCAGCGAAUCCAAUUAUGAGCAGAUAAUAGGGAUUCUGAGCGAAGAGGGGCAAACCGAAGACGCUAUAUCUGGGUUUGUAGAGAUGAAGGGAUUAGGGUUUAAUCCUUCCGUCCAUGUCUACAACUCCAUAAUCCACGGUCUGGCCAAAGUUGGAAGGUUUGACCAUGCCUUGACUUACCUUGAUGAAAUGAAACAGAUAAUGAAUUUGUUGCCAAACAGCCAAACAUUCGACAGAUUGAUCACGGCUUAUGGAAUCCAGGGAAUGUACGAUGAGAUCGGUACAUGUGUGAAGAGGAUGGCGGUAGAGGGAUGCCCACCAACCGCCAUUACUUACAAUUUACUGAUUACAGAGUAUGCUAGAGCUGGUUUGCUUACUAGAAUGGAGACCACUAACCAAAUCAUGCGAUCGAAGAGGAUGGAUUUGCAGCCUCGUGCGUUAAUGGCGAUGCUCGAGGCUUAUGUGAACUUCGGCAUUGUGGAGAAGGCAGACAAUGUUUUGAGCAAGGCUCGCAGAUCGAGAAUGUUUCUGAAGGAAGGACUGGUCAGGAAGCUAGCUGUUGUUUAUAUCGAGAACCGCAUGUUUUCUAGAUUAGAUGAGUUGGGGGGUUACCUCGCCUCACUGUCCGAUAGGAAUGAUAUUGUCUGGCUGUUGAAUCUCCUAUCUCAUGCUUGUGUAUCGAGUCGGAAAGGCGUGGAUGCCACUCUUGGCCUGAUGGAAGAAUUGAGUGUGUCCUGGAAUGUGACGGUUGUGAACACAUUGUUGUUUAUGUACUUGAAGAUGAAGGAUUUCACUCGUUUGAGAAGCUUGCUGUUCGUGAUGAUUGAGGACCAUGGCGUGAAGCCUGAUAUCGUGACAGUAGGAAUCGUGUUUACUGCGGGAGAGAUGGGUUUUGGUGGGACCGUGAGGAUUAUAGAGAAAUGGAGGAAAAUGGGUUUGCUUGAUAGAGGAGUGGAAAUGGGGACUGACCCUCUUGUGGUCGUGGCAUUUGGGAAGGGGAGAUUCCUUAAGAACUGCGAAGACAUGUACUUGUCGCUUGACCCUGUAGAAAGGGAACAGAAGAAGUGGACUUACUCUCUCCUUAUUGAUUUGGUAUCCAGAUCGAUGCCAGAAGCAGCUUAGGGGCUAGGACUGGAAGGUAACUGACGAAACUGAGAACCAAAAUGCUGUGUUAUACAUAUACCGUAAUGUACAGUAUAAUCAUCGAGUUAAUCGAUGUUUCCUGUUUUAUACAUGUGCUGUUGUGUAUAAUGUAGUGUUGCUUCAAUGAUUAGUUCCAUAAUCCUACUUUGAGAUGAAGAAAAAGGAACAAGAGAAAAAACUAAACCCUGCAUUGAGCCUCAAGUUAACAGCAAAGGGAAUUUCUUCUUAGUCAUCUCGCUUCCAUGGGAAUCAUCUUUGAGAACAUUUCUACUUCGUCCAAAAGUCUUCUACUUCGCCUCUGUGGAUCCAAAUCUGCAGACAUCAUCAAGUGAAUGAGGUACUCGCAUGCUUCUCCCAGAUCGUCUGCUCCUCUCUCUCUCUUCUUGUUCCUGUCAAUGUUGUCACCUUUUGAUUCGUCUCGAGAUUCUUCUGCAUAUGCAAGCUUCCGGCACUCCUGAAGCAACCUAUUCAGAGAAGCCAUUUGAUCUUUCUUCAGAAACUUGGAGUUCAUCAGCUCUCGAAACAAGAGCAGUAUCUCCUUCGUCUUGUUAUUCCCUGUAGUGUUCUUUAAUAUGCCAUCAAUGCAGGCCUCGUCAAGCACGCUGCGCACCCAAGCAGGAGAUUUCUGAAUCUUCAGCAAUGUAGCAGCCACAUGGACAGCAGGCUUGUGGUGGUUGACGAAUGAUUUCGAUGCUAAGCACGGAACAGCCAAGGAAGUUGCCAUCUCUUCGACAAUCAGCUUGCACCAAUAUUCUUCCUCCAAAUCCAGUCUCUCCCAGCUCAGAAGCAUGGACAAGCAGAGGCCACAGUUCAUUGACACUCUUAUGUUGCUGUAAAACAUUAAGCCUUCUAGUAUAGCUGCUAUCGACAUUAGAUAACCCUUUGCACACUUUACUUCUUCGUGAUUCUUUUUUCUCUGUUCUGUUACUCUAGUAAAUAAUUCGAGCAGGCAAUAUGAAGAGACAAGCUUGAUUACAGGAGACCCAAAAUGCAUCAGCCGGCACAAGUCAGUACAGUUGAUGCCUAUGGUAGGUGAUCCAGUGUCGUUUGAUGGUUUUAGUAGAGUUUGCCAGUCAGCAGAGUCUGGAAGAAGAGAAUGUAUACUGAACGAAAAAGAAUCAAAUUGAGUACACAUUUUCAGAUUGUAACAUUUUAUAUCUGUGCAUAAAGCAGAA